GCAACUAAGCAAACAAAAGUUUAGAAUUGAAUUUACUAGGCAUACUAUAUACAAGGCCCAUAGAACUGUUGUCAAGUUAUAUCCAAAGUAAAACUUAGAUUGAAUCCUGUUAAAGGAUAUAGUAUUAUGUGCUAUGAAUCUGUUAGUGAAGAUGAUGGGUUAUUGACACUUCUGUAAAUAUUCAAACUUAAUUUCUGUUACUUUAAAAUACUCUGCAUCUCAAACAAAAUUUUGAAGGGGAUUGAAUAUGGAUUCUAUUUCUAUACUUAGAUUGUUUAUAUUAUCCUAAUAUCCUUUGAGUUCUAAGCUUUGUACUACAUAGUUUUUAUGUUUUUCACUUUUAAGUUUUAAUUCUGACAUGAAACUACCUAUUUUGAUCAGGACAUUUGACGACGAAAAGUGAUGUCUAUAGUUUCGGAGUAGUGCUACUGGAAAUGCUCACCGGCCGGCGAUCUAUUGAUAAGAAUAGACCAAAUGGGGAGCACAACCUUGUGGAGUGGGCAAGACCUUUUAUCUUAGACCGAAGAAUGUUCUAUCGGAUAAUCGACCAUCGCCUUGAAGGCCACUUCUCCAUUAAAGGUGCACAAAAAGCAGUCCAGCUAGCAGCUCAGUGCCUUGCCCGCGAUCCGAAAUCCAGACCAAUGAUUGGUGCUUGGAUUAUGUUCAGCUGUGGACACGUGUUGCUUUUGGGAGGUAGCUCUCAGAAAGCUGGGGAGGCUCAUGGAAGGGGAGGCUGA